CACUUAAAGAUCGUAUUCUCAAAAUAUAAAAGCGCAAAACUUCAAAAUCAAUAACUGAAAAGAAAAAAAAAUUUUUCACAAUUUCAACAUUAAAUAUCGCUCUAUUCAAAAAAUAAAAAAUACUAAAACAUGCGUCGUAUCUAUUCGACGAACCUACUCAAGCAUGUUAGGACCGAAGAAGAACUUGUACGAGAAGAAAAGCGCACACAUUGUCCGACCAUUGCGGUCGAGCAACCGACCGAAUUUCCAGAAGUCAUCAUUGCAACUGAAUUCCUGGAGUCCAGUCACUAUCACAUCGAGACUGCGCAGAAAUGGUUGGUUUUGAAUGGCAAAAAUGGACGACAACAUAAAUUUCCACUGCAAACCAUCUUGCCGAAAGUACAAAUGACGCGCACGGUGGCGCCGAAGCAACUACCACGCGACGUUGAAGUUGAUCGCCGGCGCCGACAAAACAGUAAACUGGAUUUAUUGCAAAUGCUAGAAGAGGCUGGCAUUACCAAUACCGAUCUGAUGCCAAGCGAAACACUUUAUUACACCCUCUCAGAUAAUGUAUACCCACACUUUCUACCGCUGAGCUUCUUCGAUGAUUACGACUUUGACACAAACUCACCGGAGGCGUGGUUGAGUUUGGGAAAAGUAGAGGAUGCCGUAUAUCCAUUGCCAGCAAAAGCUUUCGUGCCAUACAAACAGAGCCUCUUCGACUAUAGGUGGCAAUAUGCAGCCGUUAGCGCUUACGAUAAUGAGACAUGUAAAUGGACUGUGAUGAACUUGGCUGAUGAGAUGUUAUAUGAAUUGCCAAGUAUACAGAUUAUGUUUCUUGCCGACAGUCCGAAAAUGUUUGUGCAACGCAUUAAGAAAGCGUUAAAUGAUCGUUCCAAUGCCGAACGGCUGAUCAAAAUGGAAUCGAUCGUGGACUGUGUGCUGAUGCAAGAUAUUGAAGAUCAACGCUUCAUGCGCAACGCACGUAUCGAUAAUCUGCUGCAGAAGUUAAUCGGUAAAGCCGAUGAAAAAUUUCAAAAUCAAAUACGUACCGAAGUUUAUCUGGUUUUCGAACAUUUAAUGGCUUGUUAUGAAUUCGAAAAGUUCGUUAAACUCAUGCCGAAAGAGUUUCCCGCCUUUGAUGAUAAUCUGAUCUUGAAUUCGUUACCGCGUGCAUUCAAAUCGGUAGCGAACAUCAAUGAGGCGCGAAGUGUUAAGAGUUUUCGUGUAGAUAUCAAGAAAUUACGCUAUCUGGUAUUGCGCUCGACCAUAUUCUAUAUUGGCGCCGGCAUCGAGGCUAUGGGUAAUGUUGUCGUCCAAUGUCAGUAUAUCGAGACCUUGUCGAUUUUCUUGACGGGCUUUGUGAAACCCGUGGCGCUUAAUGAUUUCCUACAAUCUCAGCAGUCGAAUAGUAAUAAUGUCGCUACAUAUUUGAAGAACUUUUGGCCACAAAAGAUAUCGUCCGGCAUUACGUUGGUGCUGCGCGCACUCGGCAAAGGUUGGCUGGACAUCAGUCUCGAUAAAUGGAGCGUCUAUCAGAUGUGCAAGAUAUCACGUUUCAUAUUGCAAACGAAAUUUCGCAUGCAAGAAUCCAUACAGGUGCUCUUGGAGAAAUCGAUCAAUACAUUCAGCGUAUAUUUGACAGAUCCAUGCUUGCAAUUUCUGAAACUCCAGCAGGACUAUAAGUGGCGUAAUAAUUUCAUUGAAACCGAGUUUCCAUAUGAGAAGCCAAUAUUUUUUCUAAUCAUCAGCAUAUCGGAUGCGAGGAAAGUGGUUUAUUCAACCACACCCGAAGACUUUGCACCGCAACUGACAGAUAUCUUCAAGAAGGCGCUGGAGAAGACCAGCGGUGUACGCUGCAUUGAGGCUGAAACUUUGUUAAAUCUCAAGUUUGCGCCCAAUCUUUACAUCGAGACGGUGGAGCUCAUCGAAGACUUAUUCAUACAAUGGAAUGAUUUGUUGGGUCGUUGCUAUAAUCAAGCCGUGCUACCGUUAAACUCUUAUGCAUCGCUUUACGAACGCUUCAUCGACUUCUAUCUACUAAAUGUAAAUGAAUUUAUGCGCGAAUACGAGUCUAUAAAGCGAUCCUCAUCGGAGGUGAAAUAUGACAUAUUGGAGCACAAACGUCAGAAAGAGGAAUUGCGUGAGAUAUUACCAGCUUUCAUUACGAUCGGUCCGUUUCUGAUUAAUGUGGAUCUAAUGAAACAGUUGAUGAUCAAGAAGCACACAGAAAUUGUGCGCAAACUUUUCGAAUUCUAUCUACAACGUAUGUGGGAUAUCAAUGAGGCGAUUUUGGAACAAUGCUUAGGUAUUCAUCAGAAGAUUAGCGAUCGCCCACAGAGUAUUGAGCAUCUCUAUGAGAUACGUGACUUCGCUGUUACAGUGCCGGACGUUGUCGAGCAACUGCGUGCGGAUAUACAGAUUAUGUGGUUGGAAUAUGAAAUGCUGGACAGUUUCUUCUAUAAUCUUAGUGACACACAAUUCGCUAUGAAAUGGGAGGUUUACGCGUGGCCACACAAUAUUAUGCAGCGUUUAGGUACUUUACGUGAAGAGCAAAAGAAUGAUAUCGAAGAAUUUCGACGUGUGCAUUCCAGUGAGUGUAUUAGUUUUGAAGAACGUUUGGAGUCGCUGAACGAAGAGAUACAAGCUUUUUCGCUGAUAUUUGAUCCGAAUAAAGUGACCGAGACAGCGGUAGAGGUGAAAAAAACCUGGAAGCAAAUACAAGAAUUGGAGAAACUCGGCAAAACUCUGCAGUAUCGUCAGAAACUUUUCGAUCUUGAAGAUCUCUCAUUGGAAUUUCUCGAGAGCAUUAUCACCGGUUUCACACCAUACCGCCAAUUGUGGCUAACAUGUUUGGACUUUAUGAAGCUCGAGGAAGCAACCGUUGGGAAUCCACUGGUCAAUAUUGAUUUGGAAGAGGUUUGGAACACACUUGAAGACAUACGAAAACUAUUGAGGGAAACACACGGUAUAUUCGCCGAGAAGCCCGAAAUUCAGGAAGUAGCAAAUUUCUACUUAACGAAAUGUGAUGAUUUUGUGCCCGUGUGGGAGUGUAUCGAUUGGUUAAAGAAUGAACAUUGGCUCUUUAUGCAUUGGCAAGAGCUCUCUGCACGUAGUGGCAUGGAGGUUAAAUAUUCCGCUGCCAUGAACUUUUCCUAUCUCAUACGUAAAGGUAUAAUGGAGAAUCUGAGUUUGGUACAUGAGAUUUCAACGAAAGCCGAAUUCGAAGCCAAUGAAUAUAGAAGGCAACUGGAAGAGGAGGAACGACGUAAAGAGCAAGAAUUGCAAGAGCUAAUUAUGCGUAAAGCUUUGCGUAAAUGCCGUAGGGAUAUACUAAUAGAUGAAGCGGAAGGAGUAGUGGCAAAGAAGGAAGUAGAGAAAACCGAGUAAUUGGUGGUAAGUGCGGUAAAGAAGGAAUUCUAUUUUUAUUUAGAUUUUGAAGAAUGUUGAUUUUAUAAAAACAGAUGUUUUAUUUUAUAUUAAAGAAUCUUGCAAUGCGGUGUACCGUUUGUAUA